UCUUACCAGUCGACAUGUUUAGUGCCGCGGCACGGUGAAAGAUGGCGGGAUUAUUCUCAUUUUUUUUAUUCCCCGAAGUUUAUUUCGAAGUUUACCAUUUUUACAACUGCUCAACUGAUGGCACUUCAGUAUGUGGUGAAGCCGCGUUUGUCUUGCCUCGUGUUUUACACGAUGAUUCGAGAAUAAAACACUGUAUUUAUUGAACUCGUAUUUAUGAUUGGCGUGAUAACACUCCACAGGCGGUGUACAGUGCGUUCAAUAAAUCAUCAGACUACUCAGUUUAUCCGGCGGAUAAUUGAAGUAAAUUGAAGUUGCAAUUGCACUUCUGGAUAUUUCCAAAGGGUGAUGUUUCGCAUGAGAUCCUCCAAUGUAAUCGUAUUUACCUGUCAUUAGAGAUAAUUAUAAACACUAUGUCAACACAAAGAGACGACGAGAAAUUGUUAAAAGUUCUGAGGCUAUUUUUACUGCCGGAUUACAAUGUCGUGUCAACCACGUAUUUAGAUCUGUUGUUAACGCACAUCUCGAAUCAACAGAAAUGCGAUCAAGACAGCAACGAUCGUCGAACUUUGUUAAAAAAAUGGAUUGUUGAGGCUCUGGAGGUCUGGAGCAGUGGAGAAGUUAAACCUUGCCAAGCUGUAACUGUCUUCACCAUCAAACUCAUUGGGAUACUUUCGCAGGAUGAAAAUGAUUUUGAUUAUCUUGAGAGUGGAAAUGUCUUUGAAAAACUGUCAGCAAUUUUCCAGUUGCAGAAGAGUGAUGUCUCAGCGUCUGUUAAAAUGGCAUACACGUCAAUGCUGGUGGACGUUAUCUCUCAUAAAAUUGGAAGACGUUGGGUGAUAUCAAAGGGCCUCUGGAGGGACAUGGUAAAGUUCGCUCAAUUGAACCACACAAUGUACGUGACAAGAGAAAGCCAUCGAUUUAUUCAUACAGUACUUAAUAAGGAAUCUCAAAACAAAGAAUUCUGCAAGGAUGUGAUUUUAGCAGUGUCCGAGCCACUGAUCAAAUAUUCAGGGAACUCUCAGCUCCACGCAGCUCUAGAGGAACUCUACUUGGACCAAAAUGCACUCCUCUGCACCACACUGGAUUUAAUAACGAGUAUAAUCGAAAACACAAUGUUCACGGGUCUAGAGAAUGAGAUAGCAGACAUGUUUGAGGAGCUCGUGGAUCUGGAGGAUCGUUUGAAGGCACUGACUGAGGCCUGUAUAAGCACAAAGUUCCUCCAGCAUAUCCUCAAGCUGUGGGCCCUCAUCUCCUUUCAAAUAAUCAAAAUUGGAGCCAGAAAGGAUGGACCACUGAUUGAUGAAGAAACGUGGGCAAAAUUCAGUGAACGAUUUUGCUAUAUUCAGACACUUUUGAUUGAGAAGAAAUAUAUUGUUGAGAUUGUGGGACUCCAGAAGAUGACCCUGCUGUACUGGAGGAAACUGAAUGAUAUGAAAGAGAUAAAGUCGUCCUUUGAACAUCAAUUCGAGUAUCAAGCGAUGACGCUGAUGAUAACACCUCUGGGGACAACCAUGAGACACAAUAAUAUGAAGCACGAGUUCUUCGAAAUGUUCGUUGAUAAAUUAUAUGAUGUCACAUGCCAACCAGUCCAGAGGCUCAGCUAUCUCAUCAAAGACGUCAUGUUGAGGGAGAGUUUACCAGUUGAACAGAUUUGCAAAUCCUCGAUUGAGAUGAUUCUUGAAACUAUUGAUGUUAUUGGGAGGGAGGUGGCUGUCAUUGCCUUCCAAAGCAUGUGUUACGUUCUUAAAAAUUACAUACCAAAGGAGAAAAUCUGUUCAAUUAUGGAGAAGUCACAUGCCCAUGGUUUCCAAGAGUCCCCAAACGAUAAAAAACGAAAACCCACACCCAACUCUAUAUUCAAUGGAGACCCAGUUGUCGACAAUCCUGUACUGCUGUCGACAUUGCUCCACGGAUUAGCAGUCCUCACACAAAAGUUUCAGUUCAAAUGGCAGGACUGUGUUGAAACAAUAUGUCUCCUCGCACUAGCACAAGAGAUCUUGAAUCAUACAGGAACUCUGCCAAGUCUGUGUGUGAAGGCUCUCCAGCUCUGCAAACUCGCCAUCCAGAACUUCAUGCCCCCAAACCUAGCAUUGCUGGUAGAAUCAGACAGUGGCAUGCGUGGAAUUGGCCUGACCCUCUUCAAACGGUUGCACGACCCCAACUGGGAAGUUCGUGACAGUGUCUUGGAGGUCCUGAUCACAAUAGCAGCGAUAUCCGAGGAUAAAUACCCAGCAUUCCAAGAACUCCUACUCACCAAUGAUUUCCUACCCCUGAUCACUGAUGUCGCCCUGAUGGACGGUGAGAGCUACGUCCGAGCAUCUGCAGUUAAAUUCAUCGCUACAACAAUUAGAAUAAAUAAACUGUGGGAUCACAGCCUGUCAAAAAUGGAUCUCCCAGAAAAAUUCAUAAAUCUAUUCAAAAAGGAGAGUGAGGCAAUUGUGAGGAGAGAGGCUGUUGAUUUGAUAAAAGAACUCUACGUGUACAGAAAAUGGCCAAAGUCUACUAUUGAUUUAAUGAGUACUGCAAUGACCGAGGCUGCAGUUCUGGAUCUCCAUUGGGAGGUCAAAGUGAAUGCUCUCAAUUUCUGGAAACACUUCAUAAAGUCACACUUCACUGAUCAGGGAAUGCUGGACGGUUCCUUCCCAAAUGUCACAUUCUCCAAGGAGCACAGGAAGAUAGUUACACUCAAUGAAACUGAGAUCAAACGUCGACUCAACAAGGCACUGGACGAUGUGGCCAAGCACAGGUGUCUUGGGGUCCUCCUGGUCACUCUGGAGAACGACAGUGACUUCGAAGUCUCAAGAUCUGCAGCUGAUAUCAUAAAGAAACUCCAGAUCUACAUAUUGAAGUACAAACUCAACGAGCCAGUUGUAGAGAACAGUAGAUUGCCAAAGGACAGUGCUACGAUCGAUUCGUCGUACAUAAAACCCCAGACACAGCCAUCGACGUCCCAAACGAAGAGUUCACCAGAGAAACUGGCUGAUAUAAUCGACGCAAUUGUCAAGGAGAACGAUGCAGAGCUACUGGCGUCGAUCUAUCAGAGCUCCAUGAGAAUGGACGCAGAUGAUGAGACCGUGAAAACGGCGACUCUGGAGAAAUUGUCACAAGUAACGAGACAGAAAUUCCUGAAUGUAGUCAAUAAUAUGGAUGUCGAUCAUUACAUCGAGGAGAAGCGACGCUGGCUGAAGGACUACACAGUCUGCUUUGACUCAGUACUCGAGGACAUACUGACUGUGUACGAGCAGAAUGGUGUCAACUCCAUGGAUUGCUACUAGAAUCACAUCCCAUUGUUCACUAUGGCCAAUGAAUGAUAAUAGCUUUUUUAUUCAUAGUAUAGUUCAAGUAAUGAUCACUUUUUUAUGGGUGCAGGAGUGCACAGUACGAUCUAAUACUUCCACUGUACACAGCCUAUUUUUGCCAGAACGAGAGAGUAUUUUUUCAUAGCUAUUGUGAUGAUUUUCAUUCCCUCCAGAGAGGUCUGUUUGUAUUUCAGUUAUAUUGUUGAAUAAAGAUCGAAAAAAUGA